GGUCAAUUAAGAACCCACUUUUCUUUUAUUUCUUUCUUUUUUUUAUUCUCUAAGAGACGGAAAAGCCUGCGUUCUCUCUCGCUGCUGCCAACUCCUCUUAUUGAUCUCCUUCUUCCAUCAAAGACAUAGAAAAGCCCAACAUUGAAAGAAAAAACGCAUUCUUUUUGUUCCACUCUAAUCUAAUUUUUCGUUUUCUGUUAAUUAUCAUCUUCUUCUUCUUCUUCUUCUUCUUCUUCCUUUUUUUAGUUUGUCAUUAAACGCACUACCUUGAGCUCUUUGGUUUCUAAGAGAGAAUCCAGUGGUAGAGUUGAAGAGAUACUCUUCACUCUUAUCGGAUUCGUUUCUCGAAGAUCAAGUAAUGGAUAGAGGAUAAUGUUGUGAUUGCUAUUUAAACUUGUUCAUCUCCUGCACCAUUAAUUAAUUUAGAACUUGAAGAAUAAUAGAAGUAUCACGAAGGAAAAAUCAACGACAAUAGUUGGCAGUAUGUUGACACCUAGAUUUUCAUUUUUUGGGAGUGUGGGUUCGAACAAGGUCAAUAACUCAUCAGAUACUCUUAAAAGGGAGCUGGAACCAACAAUAAAACUGCAAACAGAUAAGGAUGUUUAUCGGCCUGGUGAUUCCAUUUUGGUUACUAUUGAGAUAUCUAACAUCCAUAAUGGCACCUCAGAAAGCAUUUUAAGUUCAUUGAUAAUUGAGAAGCUUGGGUUUGAAAUUAAAGGUAUCGAGAAGUUGGAUCCUCAAUGGUUUGCUACUCAGAAGCAUUUGCCUGGAAGUAAACUGCGUAGAGGUGAACAUGUCUUUAUGGACUGCUCAACAUCAUCUUUAGUUUCUAAUCAGAUUUUGUCCUCUGGUGCCACAAAAACAUAUGUUGUGCGAGCUGUGCUACCUAGCAUUAUACCACCAUCAUAUCGUGGUGCUACCAUUCGCUAUCUUUACUAUGUUAAAGGUACAUUAUUUGGAAGAUGGCUGAUAUUGGAAAAUGGGCAGUCUCCCUCAGGUUCACCAAAAGAUCUCAUUGAACUGGAAGCUCGUGUCCCAUUACAAAUAUGGGUGACUCAGAAGAGCAAUGGCCUGCUUAUGGAAGAAGGUCAGCAUGAUGCAAUUGUUCCUUCUACAACCCUCCAACUGGAUGUAUACUGGAAAGCUAUGGAUGGAGAUUCUGAAUGGUCUAGAGUAAAUGAUUUAGAAGAUGGAGUUGAGGAAGGUUAUGACAGUUCCAGAGAUGAAGUCUCUUCCAUUUCUUCCUACAAUCCCACUAAAGAAAGCAUAGACAAGAUGUUUGGUAGUUCUUUGUCCUUGCAAUCAUUUGCAGCAAGGUCUUCACAUAAGGAUGCUUCAAAUAUUGAAACAGGACGUACAAGUUUGUCAUCAAAUGUUGCACUUCCUCGACUAUCUGUGGCUGAGGUUUUAUAUGAUUCUAGUUCAGGUCAGCAGCAGAAGAUUCUGAAACCUCAAUCUGAAGAUGGUGUUUUAGGGGAAUCCUUUGCACCUGUUAUACCAACCAGUGAACCAGUUCAAUCUGAAAGCUUCAUUCGAGGAAGGUCUUAUAACAUAAGGAUGGAUGAUCAAGUUCUGCUUAGAUUUUCUCCGAAGAAUUCUGAUUCCACUUAUUACUUCGGUGACAUGAUUGGUGGAACUCUCACAUUUUUUCAUGAAGAAGGAUCUAGGAGAUGCCUUGAGGUCUCAAUAACUCUGGAAACUUCAGAGACUAUAAACCGACGUUUUGUUCAUCCUUCUCGCAGGAAUUCCCUAACAAUGACAAAGCUAUCCCAUCAUCCUUGCAGGUUCAGAGUGAUCAUAAUGAGGUUGUGGCAGAUUUGGUGCAGACCAGCUUUCUUUUUUCACUUCCCAUGGAUGGACCCAUGUCCUUUUCCACUCCACACAUCUCUGUGCAAUGGGCUCUAAGAUUUGAAUUUUUUACCACUCCAAAGAAUGUGGACUGGACAAGAUAUGAUCAUCCUCUUCUGGUAGAGGGUAGAGACAAGAGCGAGUGGGUUCUCCCCAUUACUGUGCAUGCACCUCCACCUGGUACUGCUGCACAUGCCCGAGAUGAGAAGAAUUUCUCUUCGGAGCCUUUGUGGCUUUCUACUUGAAGGUACAUCUUGCAAAUUUUAUUUGUUAUAUUUAGGAGCAUUAAAUCAAUUAGCUUCUCCACAAACUUGAUUAAAUUUAAGGAGAUUUUGUUUGGAGAUUUAUGGCUUAUCAUGAGGAGCUAAGUUUUAAGUUUAUGAAGAUGCAGAGUAAAACAGGGACAUCUCCCCGUAUGGGUUCUUAAAGGUUGUAAACAGGAGAUUUUGUUGGUCCAGUGAUCGGAUACCCAUUUUCUACUCCAUGCUGUCAAAAGAAAUUCCCAUCACCUCCUGUGAUGUAAAUUGAAAAUUUGAAAAUGAAAAAUUAAAAGAAGUGAGCUAAUGAUUCAUUGACAGUAUAUUCAUACAUUCAAAUUUAGUUGUGUAAAACCAUAUGCAAAUAUGCAAGAUUUCUGAACAUGUUCAAUUUUCUUUUA